AUGUUACAUUUGGGACCUACUGGUGUUGUCCUCCAUGCUGAUGUGGAUCGUGAAGCUGCUCUUCGGGUAACCAGCAAACCACAGCCUACGGUUGAAGACUCUCUAGAUACCAUAGAUUUCUUGCAACUUGUGGACGAUGUCGACCAAAAGAGUGAUAAUCUCUAUUUUGGGAAACCUACUCUGGAAUCUCUGCUUUGCGGUGCCUGUUUAGAGUCCUUCAUUGAUGAGACUGGUGUCAGUGAUUGUUCCGAUUUUGCCUCAGAAGACCCUCUACGUCCUGGAUACAACGAAACUCGCUUUGAAGGAUUCACGACCGAAGCCAGCACCGAUGAAGAGGGAAAGGAGAUGGAGGUUAAGCGUUUCCGAUAUGGUAUCCCUUGGUUGACAUCUAGGAGAUUGGCUAAGCCGACUGUUGCCGACGUUGAGAGAUGCAUAACGAGGCAUAGAGUAUCUGCCAAUAAGUUGAAAGAAGAAGGCUCGUUUGAUCACUAUGCUAAAGUUUUUCAACGGUAUAUCGAUAUGGGUGUCUUAGUGAGGGUUGAUAAAUCAGAAUGGGCCAAACCCCUCACGUUCUACUCCGGUCCGGCCGGUGCUAAAUGGCACUAUCUUCCGUGGUCUCAUAGGCUCUGGCCUAGGGAAAACCAGGCCCUGUGA